AUGUCGCUCCUCGAAAGACCACAAGAGGACAGCUGGGAUCUUGGAAAGCAUCGCAUAGUUAUUCCUUCCAACGCCGGCCCCCGACAAUUCGCUUCGUCAUCAACUCAACCGCUCGACGACAAGACCGACACGGAAGGCGGCUUCUUCUACAUUCCCAAUUUCAUCACGGAGGACGAGGAGCUGUUUCUGACAGAGGCUAUUCUCUCAGCACCCAAACCCAAAUGGAAAGUACUGCAAAACCGACGGUUGCAAGAGUGGGGCGGGCAGAUGCUGUCUCAGAACAACAUCUUGAUGCCGCAAGCGAUGCCAGCUUUUCUCUCGAGCUACCCGGACCUCAUCGCUCGACUACGCAAGACGGGAGUCUUCGACGACUCGAAGCAUAGCGAGCCAAAUCAUUGCUUGGUCAACGAGUACCUGGCUGGUCAGGGCAUCAUGCCACACGAAGAUGGACCAGCAUACUUUCCUGCUGUAGCGACCAUCAGCUUGGGGUCGCACGUGCUUCUCGAUGUAUACAGGUACGUGGACGAGGACCUGCAAAAGGAUUUUGACCAACGGAUGAAGGAGCAUGACGAAAAAAUCGUGAAACAUGUGACCUCGAAUGCAAAAGAGCUGGAAAGCACAGAUGAUGCAUCCAAAUCCAAAAUCCUACCCCGGGAGAGGAUGGAAGGCAACGUCAAGAUUGUGCGGGGAGCAAGGGCGAGGGAGCCGGAUCCGGUGUUCAGUAUCUUGCAAGAGCCAAGAUCAUUGCUCAUCACGACAGGUCACGUUUAUAAGUCGUAUCUGCAUGGCAUUGCAGACAGAGAGGUGGAUACAGCUGCGCAUCUUGUUAAGGUAGCCAACGCUGAUUUGCUAGUUGAUCCGCACCUGCGGGGAACGGUUGAAAGAGCAAAGACUCUGAUGGGCGAUGUCAAGGGCGGAACGGACCAGAAAGAACUCGAUGCAAGUCUUGCAAGAGGCACACGGCUGAGUCUCACAUUCAGAGAUGUAGAGAGAGUGAGCAAAGGAGUAGCUGCGAUGAUGGCGUAUCUUCAAGGCGGUAAAAAGUAG